AUGCAAAUUCCAAAUUACGAUAGGGAUUCGGUAUGUUCAUUUUUUAAGAAGCUUACAGGAGAUAUAUAAUUUUAUCUGGAUGAAAUGAAAUCUGACUUUGCCAAAAACCCUCCAUAAACAAAUAUAAAGGACAGGGUGCUUCUAUGGAAAGAUAAAUAUUAAUAAUCACUCAAUCAAUGCAUAAUGACUUAUAUUAUGAAAACAGAGUAAGUUGAUGUGUCACAAUUCUAAUUUAAAGAGUUCUUAGAUAGAGUGACAGACGAGUAUUAAAAUGAUCAAGAAUUUAUGGAUUUAUUAAAGCAGUGCAAUUAAAGCAUAGAAAAUCUUAAAGAUUUCAUAAGAACAAACUUAGCGAAAGAUCCUUCCAUUUAUGUAAUAAAGGAUAUUUGA